GGAAACAUCUGCGCGGGCACGUGCGAGGCCGCGCUCCCGCCCGCCGCCUCCGAGGCGGGAUCCGUGCGGGCGCCCCAGGGGCCUCCUCUGCCGCCGGCGGGGCCGCGCCGUGCCGCGCCGCGCCGCGCAGGACGGGAUGCCAUGAACAACUGCACGGACCAGCAGUACUGGGACGCCCUCGUCUGCCAGUGCAUCCCCUGCAGCCUGGUGUGCGGGCGGCCGGCGGUGCGGCGCUGCGCCGCCGUCUGCGAGUCCAUGGCCUGCGGCCGGAGAGCCGGCUUCUACUACGACGAGCUGCUCAAGAGAUGCAUCAGCUGCACCACGGUCUGCGGGCAGCACCCGAAGCAAUGCGCCCCGGCGUGCGAGGCCGCCCUGGGGACCACGCCGGCGCCGCCGGUCGCCCUGGGCAGCGCCUCGCCGCCGGCCGCCGGCCUGGAGCAGAAGCCGUGCGCGGAGCAGGACCCGUGGCUGGUCGUCUACCUGCUGCUGGGGCUCUGCCUCUGCGCCCUCGUCUGCUCCCUGUUCCUGGGCUGGAGCCACCUGCGCAGGAAGGGAGAGGUGGUCUCGUGCCAGGCCAGCGCCGGCCCCUGCCACCGCCGCGACGACUCCUCCAAAGAUCGCCUAGUGGAAGCGGGUAGCGUUGGUGACGGAUCUACCGGGAGCAGGGUACCAGAGCCCGUGGAAACCUGCGGCUUCUGCUUCCCCGAGCACGGCUCUGCCGUACAGGAGACCAAGUCGGGCCGCAGCACCUCCUACCACGCGGGAGAAAGAGUCGCUCCCUCUCACAGCGGGAUAUGCCGCGCGGGAAGCGCGGGGGCCGUUCCCGGCCCCGACGACGGCCACUUCAAAAUCAUCUGCUCUCCCUCGCAAGAGAAGACGCCGCUGGCCUGAGCGCAGCGGAGGUCCUCGCGGGCGGUGGGGACGGAGGGAAAGCUGCUCCCUCCGCCCGCGGACGCAGCUGCUUCGCCCUCCGUUUCCAGUAAACCUAACGGUUUCCACCACAGCAGCCUGACGAGGUGCCGUCUUUGCAUGGCGGAUCCAGGCUACGACCAAUGUUAUUUUCUUCCACGGAGGAAAUAAAAUUCUCGUUAUUCUUACGCACUCUCAAUAAAAAAGUCCCUUUCCUUUCAGCAGCAUCUUUGUGCCCUGACCUGACCUCUGCGGACUUUUCCCGCUCUCCCCCUUCGUCGGAACCGGGUCUCAUCGAGGCUUUUCGUUCUGGCGCCAACGUCAGUGCCACUUGGCCUCUGCAAGGGGUUUUGAUUCUCAGCCAGGAAUAGACGACGAUGAACAACCGCCCCCCACGGGAAAGUACAGCUUCCCUUUUCUAAAAAACUCUACCUUGCACCACAAGCAGUUUACACGCAGUAGCGAGAGCACUGUAUGAGUCUCGAACGCGAUAGAAGAAGAGAAAAGGGGUUAAGCUGUGGCACCAGCCCAAGUCUCCCUCAUGCCCAAAGCCUAAAUACGAUGGAGCAACUGGACGUUUCAGCCAGUCUUCCCUUGAGCGCUGCCUGCGCGUCGUCGUCUUCUACCGAACUGAUUCCCUAAAGACAACGAGCAGUUCUUGAAAGAGUUAUUUUAAAAGGUAUUUUAAAGCACGUUGGACAUUGGAGAUAAGAGAGAACAUCUGGCCUUCUUCAGCCUCCCGUGCUGAGGUCUGGACUCAGACCCAAGAAGUUAUUCUUGGAAGUUACAGGCAAGAGCAUCAAAUGCUGUUGGCCUUGAGCUAGCAGGCCUUGGAGAAGACAUCCUGCCCUGCCGACGAGCCCAGCACGUUUUUCAACUUUAGCAGAAGUUUCUUUACAGGAGAGAAUAUUUAUUAGGGCUCAGGGCGUUUCUGAGGCGAGGAAAGGCCACGUGAGCCGGCGAGGGCUUUGCCGCUGACAGCACGGGCCGCUGCGCCAGCGGCACUGGGACGGACCCCAGCGCACACGCUGCCCCCCAGCCUGGGCGGACUUAAACACGGAACUGCAGAUUUCACAAACGCUGUCUAAAACUGGAGUGUCAGAUGCCUGCUAAGGACCAGUGGUUUUUUUUUUUUUUUUUUUUUUGCACGGCCAAACGGAAUUGGGUUUAGAUGUGAAAAGACAUCCACGGCCGAAAACUUGACUUAGUGGUUUUACAUACUUCUGGUUUUGGUUACCUGAAAUAGCUGGUAAAAAUGAUGAGCCUUCCAAAGAUGCAGCUGCUUCGAGGAAAGAUUUUUCUCUGACCUAGAUUUGAAAGUUACUAUGGAAAAACGUGUGUUUCAACACGUAACUUGAAGUUCUCAUUUUCACUAAAGCAGAGCGUUAAGCUGUAGGAAUUUUUUGCUUGGUGAGAAAUCAUUCAUGAUAGUAGAGCGUCAUCAAUUUUCUCAAACCAGAGUUUAAAAUUUGGUAGAAUAAAUACAAGAAAGUCAAUAUAUGCACAAGUAAGUUAGAUAAAUCUAACUUUCCGGGGUAAGGUAGAUAGCUAGAGAAAGCAAUAGCAGGAAGUUAUAAUAAACUUUGCAUCUUACAUACUACGUAUUUCUUCAAAUUCACUUAGAUGUUUCUGUACCACGGGAGAGGACAGCAUCCUAAGGUGACUGUCACGAAAGAUAGUGUCACGUUCGCAGCGAUCUCUGGUCACAAAGCAGAAAAAAGUGGGAACUAAAUGACAUCAGUUGGAACUAGGAAGUUCAAGAGCUGGUUAAAGACCCGGGCCAACAGCACACGCGUGGGUCCGGCUCCUCACCGCCCGAGUCGCUUCCUGAGUCAACAUGGCUGUUUUUUGUCUCUUUA